UGUAAGUGGGAGAGGACAAACCUCAGGCAGACACCAGUCUUGAUAGCAAAGGCAGGCGCACCAUGGCGGCAGGGUCUCGGGGCCCAGGUCCGCUUGUCCUGGGCCUGCUGCUGUGUGCGCUCAGCUUGGCUGUGUCCCAGGCUGGGAAGCUAUUGUUGGUCCCCAUGGAUGGCAGCCACUGGCUAAGCUUUAGCAACAUCAUCCAGCAGCUGCAGCAGAGGGGGCAUGACAUCGUGGUCUUGGCGCCUGAAGCCUCCAUACACAUUAGAGAAGGAGCGUUUUACACCUUGAAGACCUACCCCGUGCCAUACCGAAGGGAGGACUUGGUAGCAUCUUUUAUCGACGUUGGGCAUAACGCAUUUGAGAAGCAGCCUUUCUUGCAGCGUCUGAUCAAAACUUACAAGAAGGUCAAAGAGGACUCGGCCCUGUUAUUGUCGGGGUGCUCCCAUCUACUGCACAACAAGGAGCUGAUGACCUCCCUGGCCGAAAGCGGCUUCGAUGCUGUGUUGACAGACCCUUUUCUUCCUUGCGGCCCUAUCGUGGCCCAGUAUCUGGCUCUGCCUGUUGUGUUUUUCUUGAAUGCACUGCCAUGCAGUCUGGAUUAUCAGGGUACCCAGUGCCCCAACCCACCGUCCUACGUGCCCAGGAGUCUGUCAUUUAACUCAGAUCACAUGACCUUCCUGCAACGGGUGAAGAACAUGCUCAUCGCCUUGACAGAGAACUUUAUGUGCAAUGUGGUUUAUUCACCAUAUGGGCUACUGGCUUCGGAAGUCCUUCAGAAAGACGUGACUGUCGAGGACCUUAUGAGCUCUGCAUCUAUCUGGCUUUUCAGGACUGACUUUGUGAAGCUUCCCCCCAGGCCCAUCAUGCCCAAUAUGGUUUUUAUUGGUGGGAUCAACUGCGCUAACAAAAAACCAUUAUCCCAGGAGUUUGAAGCCUAUGUAAAUGCCUCUGGAGAACAUGGAAUUGUGGUUUUCUCUUUGGGCUCAAUGGUCUCAGAUAUUCCAGAGAAGAAAGCCAUGGAAAUUGCUGAUGCUUUGGGCAAAAUACCUCAGACAGUGCUGUGGCGGUACACUGGGACUCGACCAUCGAAUCUGGCGAAGAAUACAAUCCUGGUUAAGUGGCUGCCACAAAAUGACCUGCUCGGUCACCCGAAGACUCGUGCCUUCAUCACACAUUCUGGCUCCCAUGGUAUCUAUGAAGGAAUAUGCAACGGCGUUCCGAUGGUGAUGAUGCCUCUGUUCGGCGAUCAGAUGGACAAUGCAAAGCGCAUGGAGACCCGGGGAGCAGGAGUGUCCUUGAACGUCCUGGAAAUGACUUCUGAAGAUUUAGAAAAUGCCCUCAAAACUGUCAUCAAUGACAAAAGCUAUAAGGAAAACAUCAUGCGCCUCUCCAGCCUCCACAAGGACCGCCCCAUUGAGCCACUGGACCUGGCUGUGUUCUGGGUGGAGUUCGUGAUGAGGCACAAGGGAGCCCCGCAUCUGCGCCCCGCGGCCCACCUCCUCACCUGGUACCAGUACCAUUCUUUGGACGUGAUUGGCUUCCUCUUGGCCAUUGUGCUGGGAGUUGCCUUUGUUGUCUAUAAAUGCUGUGCCUUCGGCUACAGAAAAUGCUUUGGGAAAAAAAGGCGAGUUAAGAAAUCUAACAAAUCCAAGGCACACUGAGAAAUGGGUGAAAAAUGAGGUGAUCCAAAUUUGCAGUCAGUGUGCAAUACAUGUCAUGCUCAUUGAAGAAAACUUUACUGUAAGUUAGACACCCAGAGUGUUUUUUAAAAUAAAAAUAAUUUAAUUGCUAGUCACACCUCCAGUUAGAAAUAUUUGAAAAUAUCUGCCCCCUUCAAUACCUUUCAUCUGGACUAUAUUUUCUACCGUUCGAAGGACUUGCCAAGAGGUUUGGACAGGUCCCUCCUUCACUCUGCAUUACUUUUCUUACUCAGAAAUGGGGCUUGUUUGGGAACCACUGCUGUCCCCGCCUGAGAUGACAGUUUUAACAUCAUCUGGCUUCUAUAGACUGUUGUGAUCAAUUCCUUCAGUAGUAAUGGCAGGUUCCUAAUUUAUUCCUAUACUUCACAGAUACCACUUUGCAUAUUUAAAGAAGAAAACCGUUAUUCCUUUAAAGCCUAGUGCCUUGUACUUGAAUGAAUGAAUGGCACAGAGCCCUUGGAGAACAAAGUAUGAUUUCUUUCUUUGGGGGAAAAGAGUAAUGUAUGAAAUUGAUAGGUAAUGUGUUUGAAAGGAUAACCAUUGCUUGUGCCAAAUGGAUCUGAAUUUGAUAAAAGCCCAAAGUGUAAUGUCUGGCUAGUAUAUUUUUCUCUGAUGUGUGUUUCCCACAACUAAAAACAUAUCAAUAAAUUUAUAUAAAUUAU